UAUAUAAAAUUACGUAUCUUUAGGGCAGGGGUAACCUAUGGUCUUUAAAACUCAAUUAUAUAUUAAUAAGAUGUAUUUCUUGUGUUAGAUUUUAGAUUUGUUUGUAUGAAAUGUACAAGAACAAUGUGAAUGACUGUUCAAACGAAGUGUGCACGUUUGUAAUGUAUUUUCGUGGUAAUCAGAUCGAUACUUGGAUGUGUUGUUGCAAGUUUGUUUUUUGAUGAUCGCUUUACGGUAGACUUAUGCGAACAUGCAUCGAUUUAUUCCUUAAGUAUGAAGUCUUCUGCGUUGUUUGAUACCAGAAUUGUGCCAAUCGGUUGAAAAUUGAUGGGGUAGUGAGCUUCGGAAAUUGGCUGAAUUCCUUUUCGUCGUGGAUCUGGUCAUGUGUUGUGUCCGGUUCCAGGCCAAUGAUGUGACUGCAUUCCCUCAGUAGUAAAAAAUGACACAUACACGGAAAAGAGUGGUGGCCUCCAAAAAGUUCAAAAUGAGAAAACGAAAGACAGAAAGCAAUACCUGGGAAAGUGACCUUAAAAGCAAGUGUACAAUUAGAAAGGACUUUGAUUCCAAAACCAAAACUAGUGUAAACACUAUAUCAGCUAGCGUAAGUUCAGAGACAUUAAAUUCAGACCAAACAAUAGAUGACUUGAACUCUGUUUGUGUCAAAAUUGAGACUGAUGAAUGGUAUAAUACGGCUUCUGAUUUUUAUUCUGAUUGUGCCAAAUCAAAACAGGUUCUAUGGGAAGAGAGACAUCCAGAUUGCAACAAACAAGAUGGCUUCACCUCUGAAUGUGUGAAAUCAGAACAGAUGGAAUGUGAAGUUAUGCGUCAAGAUGUUACCAGCCAAGCUUGCUUCAAUUCUGUAUGUGUGAACAAAAAUACGACUUUCAAUUCAAAUGCACACGAUGGGCUCCAUUCUGUCUGUGGGGCAACACAACCGUUUCUAAAUCCAAUUACAGACCAGGGUUAUAUAACAACAUAUGACUUCAAUAAUGAAUGUGGUAUAGCUAAACAGUAUAUAAAGACAGAAACAGACAAUGGAAAUACAUCAUCAAAUGAUCACAAUGCUUUAUGUGAUCAUACGUAUUCAAAAACACCUGAGAAUCAAGCUAAGCUGGCGGACCUUAAUUCUGUAUAUUUGACAAGGGAAGAAAUUGAAAUUUCAAAUGUUGAGGAAUAUAGUGCUAAAUCAGCUGUGGGUGGAGGGACAAUACAAAUGGACCAAUACUCCAACUUAAAUGUUCCAAGACAUUCUAACUCGGAAAAAGAUGGAGAGAAUGCUGUGACAAGGACUGCAUCCCCUUUCCUGGAACCAACUAAGAUUAAAUUGGAGGAAAAUGGUGACCAUGUGAAGAAUAGAAUGAAGAAAAAAGGGUCCACAGAAAAAGACAAGACAUACAGUCAAGAGAGGAACCUAGCCAGCUGUAAUGACCUUGGACCUUGUAAUUAUGACCAUUUUCUCUACUGUGGAGAGUUUGAAGGGAACUGCCCUGUCCAUGGACCCUAUAACUACAUACAGGACAAAGAGGUGCCAGAAAAAGACCCUCUUAAAGCUGAGCAUACCUUGCCAGAUUGCCUUGAAAUCAAAACAUCCAAAAUAGCUGGAGCUGGUCUUGGAGUGUUUUCCAAGGAGAAACUGGAAUCCAGGAUCAUGUUUGGACCGUAUGGCGGAGACAUCAUGAUCAUCACUGACAACCAUAAGUCAGGGUAUUGCUGGCAAAGGAAGAUCUAUAAGGAUGGCAAAGGGAGUCACUUUGUGGAUGCCCAGAACAAAGCCACCUCUAACUGGAUGAGAUAUGUGAACUGUGCUAUGACGGAGGCAGAUCGGAACCUUGUAGGAUUGCAUUACAAAGGAGGCAUCUAUUACUGCACAUUUAAGCCAGUUUCACCAGGUGAGGAGCUGCUGGUCUGGUACAGAGAUGAAUUAGCCAGAGAACUUGGCCUCAUCGGACCCCAAAACCUGUUGAGCAGUUAUUCAAGUAAAGACAGUGAUCACUUUAAGGAACACAUGAGUAUACAUGCAGGAGAGAGACCGUACACAUGUGAGGAGUGUGGUAAAGCAUUUAAACAGAGUGAUCACUUGAAGAGACACAUGAUGAUACAUUCAGGAGAAAGACCCUUCAAGUGUGAGGAGUGUGGCUAUGCUUGUAGCCAGAGUAGUACAUUAAAGACACACAUGAGGAUACAUACAGGAGAGAGACCGUACAAGUGUGAGGAGUGUGGAUAUGCUUGUAACAGGAAUUCUGACUUAAAGACACACAUGAGGAUACAUUCAGGAGAGAGACUGAAGAAGUGUGAAGUGUGUGGUAAAGCAUUUAAACAGAGUGGUUACUUGAAGACACACAUGAGGAUACAUACAGAAGAGGUACCGUGCAAGUGUGAGGUGUGUGGUAAAGCGUUUAAACACAGUAGUACCUUGAAGAGUCACAUGAGGAUACACGCAAGAGAGAGACUGUACAAGUGUGAGGAGUGUGGUUAUGCAUGUAACCAGAGUUCUGACUUGAAGAAACACAUGAGUAUACAUUCAGGAGAAAGACCGUACAAGUGUGAGGAGUGUGGCUAUGCUUGUAACCAGAACAGUACAUUAAAGACACACAUGAGGAUACACACAGGAGAAAGACCGUUCAAGUGUGAGGAGUGUGGCUAUACAUGUAAGGAGAGUAGUACAUUAAAGAGACACAUGAGGAUGCAUACAAGAGAAAGACCGUACAAGUGUGAGGAGUGUGGGUAUGCAUGUAACCAGAGUUAUGACUUGAAGAGACACAUGCGGAUACAUACAGGAGAGAGACCAUACAAGUGUGAGGUGUGUGGUAAAGCAUUUAAACAUAGUGGUAGCUUGAAAACACACAUGAGGAUACAUUCAGGAUAGAGACCAUACAAGUGUGAAGAGUGUGGUUAUGCAUGUAACCAGAGUUCUGACUUAAAGACACACAUGAGGAUACAUUCAGGGGAGAGACUGUACACGUAUGAGGUGUGUGGCUAGGCAUGUAACAAGAGUAGUACAUUGAAGACACACAUGAGGAUACAUACAGUAGAAAGACCGUUAAGUGUGAGGAGUGUGGUUGUGCUUGUAACCAGAGUAGUACCUUGAUGACACACAUGAGUAUACAUUCAAGAUAGAGACUGUACAAGUGUGAGGAGUGUGGUGAUGCAUAUAACCAGAGUAGUACCUUGAAGACCACAUGCGGAUACGUACAGGAGAAAGACCGUAGUGAGGAGGGUUGUUAUGCAUGUAUCCAGAAAAGUACUUUAAAGACACACAUAAGGAUACAUUUAGGAGAGAGACUGUACAAGUUUGAGGAUUUUGGUUAUGCUUGUAACCAGAGUAUUACCUUGAAGACUUACAUGAGGAUACAUUCAGUAGAGACUGUACAAGUGUGAGGAGUGUGGCUAUGCUUGUAACCAGAGUUCUGACUUGAAGAAACACAUGAGGAUACAUACAGAAGAGAGACUGUACAAAUGUGAGGUGUGUGGACAGUGUGGUAAAGCAUUUAAACAUCGUGGUACCUUGACAACACAUGAAGAUACAUACAGAAGAGAGACCGUUCAAGUGAAAUGUGUGUGGCUUUUCAUUUAAACAUAGUAGUCAAGUGAAAAAACACUUGAUGAUACAUUGAAGAGAGAAACACGUGUGAGUUGUGGUUAUGCAUAAAAGAAGAGUGGUCACUUGAAGACACGCAUGAGGAUACAUUCACGAGAAUGGCUGUACAAGUGUGAGGAGUGUGGUUCUGCAUCUAACACGAGUGGUAACUUGUAGAACACAUGAGGAUACAUAACUGAAGAAAUAUCUAAAACAGGAAAAUAUCACAAAUCUCUGAAAAGAAGUGUUAGGGCUUAUUGUGAUUUAUAUAAACUUGUAUAGUAAGAUAGCUUAACAAUCUUCUCUUAAACGAUAAGCCAUGAAGGUUUAACAUUUGAAAGAUAAAUUAUAUUAUGUUUCUUUACCAAGUUUGUUAAAAUCAUGCCCCUGUAAUAAAAACUUGCCUUGUCCUG